AAAUGUGUAAACAUAUACUGGUACAUGUAUGGUGUUUGAAGAGCUCUUUUAAAUUGUAUUCAGUUACACCGUAACCUUGAGGGGAUGCUCAUAGCUCAUUGAUUGUGCUCGGUUAGAAUUCGACAUCAGUGGUUAUUCACUCUCGCAAGUACACGAGAAAAACCUGCAACCUCGUUUUUGCGGGACGACGCAACGAACGAGUUGCUGCAAUCGUGAUACAUCGACUUUCAUCGGAAUCCGCCGUAAGAUCGAUGUGCAAACGUCUGAUGAUCCAGAGUGAAGCAGCCGGCGACUUUGAUCAAUAAAUUAACACUUAAUUAACUAUGUCGACGAAAUCAGUUAUAAAUGUGCUAACGCUGAAUUGCUGGGGUGUACCAGUUCCAUUUGCAUGUCAAAAGCGCAGUGAAAGGAUUCCAGCUAUUGGUGAUACUGUGGCAAAGUCAAGCUAUGAUGUUGUCAUGUUCCAAGAGAUAUGGCACAAAGGUGACUUUGAAAUAUUGAAGACAAAGCUGGUCAAUAAGUUUCCAUAUUCUCACUAUUACUACAGUGGGAGUAUAGGAAGUGGGCUCUGCCUGUUUUCCAAGUGGCCAAUCCAGCAGACGUUCUAUCACAAGUUUGAUCCCAACGGUUACGCCCACAAGGUGCAGCAUGGGGACUGGUUUGGUGGGAAAGGUGUUGGUAUGGCAACCAUUAAUGUGGAUGGUCUACAUGUGCAUGUAUAUGUCACACAUAUUCAUGCUGAAUACGAUCGUGAGAAUGAUGAAUACUUGGCCCACAGAGUGGCGCAGUCCUUCUCACUGAGUCAGCUGGUGAAGCUCACGAGCCAGAGUGCCGACCUGACCUUGGUGUGUGGAGACUUGAACCUCGAACCUGUGGACCUUGGGUACUCGUUAAUACGGUGCAAUGCAUGUUUGAAUGACGCCUGGUUGGAAAAGAAAUCCUCAUCCACUUCCAACAAGGAAGGUUUGACCUGUGAUUGCAGAAGUAACAACUUCUGUAAGAACAAGGUAUCUGCUGGGAAGCGCAUUGACUACAUUCUCUACAGGGCAGGUAAAGAUUGUGUCGUGUCUGUGGAGGAGUGUAACGUUACUAUGGGAACCAUACCUGGUAAGGACUUCAACUAUUCUGACCACGAGGGGGUGGAGGCAGUGAUUGUGAUGGAGAAGAGACAAGGGGCAGGGCAGUGCCAGAAACCCAAGGGGUUGAGCCCUCUGUUAGAAGACUCACUUCAGGUGAUCAACAAGGGGCUUAACAAGACGCAGGCCAAUCGGCGAUUCUUUAUCAUAUUUGCAGUUAUUUCCUGCAUCUUGGCUUAUUUAGUCACAAUUGUUCACAUUCCAUAUCCGCUGGAUUUCUUUGUGACAUUCUUCAAGGUUGCAUUGGUGCUUGCGACAGGGUUUGGCGUCUUGCAGUCCCUGAUCAUGAUCCGCUCCGAGGUUCACGGCUUGGAGGCGGCAAGAGAGGAUAUAAAGAAACUGCUGGAGAGUUCACGUGACUAGUUCAUAGUGUGUAUCUGAGCUGCGUUCUGAGAAAACUGGGCAUA